CAUGAAGGCGCUCCAGGCGAAGGAGAGCGCGGACACGAACGAGGCGGUGGACGCCGCGAUCGAGCGCGAGCAGGCUAUCGUCGCGGGCAUACGCGGCGACGCCGCCGACCGUCCGAUGCCCGAGGACUUCGACGCCCUCAUUGAGCACCUCCUCUCCACCCCGAUGGAGGCCAUGGACUACGAGACCGUCCGCUGCGGCCCGCUCAUGACGAAGGCUUUCGUGGCGCACAUUCGCGACAAUCAGAAAAAACUCGCCGCGGCGGGGCCGUCGGGGGAGGAAUCCCUCGUCGAGCUGCAGGCUCUCGAGGAGUGGGUCAUGGUCGCCAGGGAGCGCCAGUCGGAGCGCGAGGAUAACGCGAGGCGCGCGGCGGCGGUCGAGGCCAACGGAGGCGAGGCUCCGCCGGUAACCGCCGUUCCAAUCGACGCAAACUCGGAGACUUCAAAGUCGGAAACUCGGUUCUCCGUUGGGGAGAAGUUCGAGAUCUUGAUGUCUUGCGCCGCGAACGGCGUGGACGCGCUGCGCAACGCCAUCAUCGAGCUGGCCAAGAAGGACGAGAUCGACGACGUGCUCGUGGGCAUGCUCCAGUCCAACGCGCUGAACGCGGAGGAGGCUGGCGACGAGGGAAGGGCCAAGUUUCUGCGAAAAGUCGCGGAGGUUUGCGUCCGGGAGCGAAAGGCGGCGGGCUUCGAGUGAUGGGAACUCACUCAGGGGACGUCCCGAAAGGUGGGACGGACGGUGUAUGCAUAAAGAUCGUGUAAAAGAGUACGGGCAGUACGACGGCGGGAGCAGGGACGACGGAGCGGAACGUCGGGUGAAGAAGCGUUUAUUUUGGCGGUGAUUUGGUUAUUCGUUAACGGCAGUUAAGCUUUGCAGCUUGUAUUGAAAUCAGUGAGAUUUUGC